AUGUCUAAUAAUGAUACUAAUGACGAGAAACCUUCUGAUAGCGCCACAACCGCAAAUAAAGCCAUCAAAACCCGCGUAAAAAUUUUCGGUUCAAGUGUUUCUGGUAACAUCUUUACAAAGAAAAACCAACAAUGGGUGGAAAGUGUGCUCACCAUAAACAAAAUUCCUUUCGAGUUUGUCGACGUAGCAGCUGACGAGGAACAAUUAAAGUUUAUGAAACGCCGGAACCUUGGAGCGCAGGGGUUACCUCAAAUUUUUGUUGAUAACGAGUUUGUGGGACUUUUUCCCGCUUUCGAGGAAGCAGUAGAAUCAAGACAAGUAAAGCAAUGGCUGGGUCUAGAUUAA